AUGGGUAACAAGGCGAAGACUCAAACGGCAGAGGGCGCGCUGGCAGUCGCUACACAAGUUCCUACGGCUAGCACAGCUACGGGAGGAUUUCCGCUAGCAGCUACAAAGGUUGAUCCCGGUCUUGCGGCGCUGUUUGCGCAGAGUGCUGGACCUGUAAAAGAGCCGGAACUGAAAUCAGUAUCUAGGCGGGAAGAAAAUGAAGCAGACAACGAAGAUGAAGAUGAAGAUGAAGAUAUAGAAGAAGACGAGGAAGACGAAGAUGAUGAAGACGAGGAGGAAGAUGACGAUGUUGAGAUGGAAGAUAUGGAGGAGAAGGCUUCACGGAAACGCAAGAGAGGAGCAGAUAACGAUGACCUCGAAGCCGCCUAUUUAGACCGCUUGUCCAGGGAAGAAGAACGAGAACGCAAGAAGCAAGCCGAAAAGACCAAGAGAGUCAAAACUGCAGACGAGGCAGAGGGAGAUGAAGAGGAAGCUGACGAGGAAGAAGACAAAAUACCCAUGCACGAGUCCCUUAUGAAGAGCGAUCAAGCAGAUCCGAUGGACAAGGCCUCACGCACGCUCUUCCUCUCCAACGUCUCUACCGAAGCUAUAAAGUCGAAAUCCGCCAAAAAGACCCUUCUCAAGCAUCUUUCUUCCCUUCUUCCAAAGCCAUCAUCUUCAUCUACAACAACACUGUCUACAACGCACAAGAUAGAAUCUCUUCGGUUCCGCUCAACGGCCUUUAGUUCUACUGCACUACCACGUCGAGCAGCCUAUGCCAAAAAGGAGCUUAUGGACUCUACUACAAAAGGCACAAACGCCUACGUGGUGUACUCUACUGCCCUGGCAGCUAAGAAAGCACUCAAGCUUAACGGUACGAUGGUGCUAGAUCGACAUAUACGGGUUGACAGUGUCUCGAAACCUGCUCCGGUUGAUCAUACACGCUGCGUGUUCGUGGGGAACCUAGGCUUUGUCGACGAGGAGACUCAACCGGCUGAGCAAGACGGGGAAGUCAAGAAGAAGAAAAAGGCGGCAGCGGCAGCGGAUGUCGAGGAAGGGCUAUGGCGCACUUUCAACGACCAUUGCGGUGGUGAGGGCGUGGUUGAAAGUGUGCGUGUUGUGCGUGACAGACUGACUCGCGUCGGCAAGGGGUUCGCAUAUGUGCAGUUCAAAGACGAGAAUUGCGUUGAAGCCGCGCUGCUGUGUGAUGGGAAGAAGUUCCCUCCAAUGCUACCUAGGAAGCUGAGGGUCACGCGAGCCAAGAGAAUUGGGGCUGGGUCAGAGGGAGUUAGGGAGGGAGCUAGUCGGCAACGCCAGAAGGGAGGGAAAGCUAGAAAAGACGAGAAGCUGUUUGGACAGGCUGUUGCUGCUGAACUGAGGAAUGUGGAGAGGGAGAAGAAGAAGAAGAUCGGACGGAGGGAUGGUUCAAGUGGUCGAAUUGGACCGGGUAAUGAUGCCAAUGCCGUACCAUUGGGAGAUAGGAGCGGCAGUGGAAAUGCAGGUACGACGAUGGUGUUCGAAGGAUACAGGGCGAAAGAUGGGGCCAAACCGGCAUUUAGGAUGAAGGGAAAGAAAAAGGGUGGCAAGCCGAAGACAAGAAGCUCGCGGCGGGCCAGCGCGUACAAGGCGAGAAAAUGA